AGGGCUUGUACAGUUUGCCCCCGACCGCCAGGUGGAUGGCAUCAGAGCGCUUGCUGGUCGUGGACUUUGGGAAGAGACUACGCCAUCUCGCGCAGGAGACUGCCUGGCAAGAUGCGCUUUUCCUGCUGGAGACGAUGCCUGAAGCGCGCGUGGCUGCGAACCAGGUGUGCUACAACUCGGUAAUGACUUGCUUGACCUGGCGCAGCGGUCUGGCGCUCGCGCAGCACAUGGAGCAGUGCCAGCUGGCGCCCGACCAGGUCAGCCGGGGGAUCCUGCUGCGAAACUGCCAGGACUGGUGCUGGGGCAUUCAGCUACUGAAGGCAUGGCCGGACGUUGAGGUGAACAUCAUAGCCUUCAAUAGUUUUCUGAACUUGUGCACUUGGCAGCUGGCGCUUAUGGACGCCUCCCGGCUCGACCCCAACCUCACCACCUGCAACACCCGGAUCAACGCCUGCAGCGAGCACUGGGAGAUUGCCGCAACGCUCCUGGCCGGAAGCUACGGCAGAAGGAAGUUGGAUGGUAUCAGCUACAACAGCAGCCUCAAGGCCUACGCCGAAGCAGGGCGUUGGCGCGCGGCGCUGGAGCUGCUGCCGCUGAUGGCGCGGCGCCGGGCGGCCGCCACAGCCAGAAGUUACAGCAGCUCCAUCUCAGCUUGCGGACUGGGGCUUCGCUGGAAGAGCGCGCUGCUUGUGCACUCCUCUGACACGAUGUCGGGCGAGAACUCGGUGUGCAGCAAUGGUGCGGUGGCUGCAUGUGCUCAAGCAGGACACUGGAUGUGGGCGCAAAGCAUUUGGCAGAGGAUGCGCGGGUUGCAGAUUGCCACAGUGGUCAGCUACAGUGCGGUGCGCCCAUCUGGCUGGCCGGAAUCGCUGCUGAUGCUCAGACACCUUAGACAGGCCGAGCUGGAAGCGAGCGCCAUCAGUUUCAACACGGUUAUGGACUCCUGUGGCAAGGCAGAGGCGUGGCCGUUGGCUUCGCAGCUGUUGGCAACCAUGAGUGACCUUUGCUUGGCCUUUACACCAGUGAGUGUCACCACCCAGCUGGCGGCGCUGGCAGGGACGGCCUGGGAGCGGGCGCUGGAGGUGGAGGGUUUGGUGGAGGAGGCAAGCUACAACGCGAUGAUGGAUGCGUUGGCUUGUGCUUCACAGUGGCAGCGGUGCCUGUGUGUCCUCGAGAGUAUGGAGGAGGAGGUGCCGCCCGGGCCCAUCUCCUUCAACUGUGCCAUCAAGGCCUGCGCCAAUGGUGCCGCCUGGGAGGCAGCUCUUGGAGUACUGGACUGCAUGGAGGCGCGGCGCCUGGAGGUGUCCGCAGUGGGCUGUAGCAGCGCGGUCAACGCCUGCGAGAAGAGCGGCAGGUGGCAGCUGGGGCUGGCGCUGCUGCACGCCUUUGCCGGCAAGGUACAACCCGAUGUCGUGAGUUGCAACAGUGCAAUCAAUGCAUGUGGCCGUGCCGGGCAGUGGUGGAGAGCAUUCUUUAUUCUGUGCUCCAUGACUGCCGACCUCGUUACCUACAGCUCCAUCAUUGGCGCCUGCGCUGUGGGCGCCGCGUGGGUUACUGCGCUGACAGUUUUCAGCUCAAUUCCCAGGUGCAUCGAAGGGGAAGUGGUGUGCGCCACUUUGGCCGCCUGCCAGCGGAGCUCCCAAUGGCGUGCGCCGCUGGCGCUGCUUGGCGGGCGACUCGUUGGCACCAUUGGCUACAACAACAUACUCAGCGCGUGUGCGCAAGAAACGCAGUGGCGACGUGCACUGCAUUUGGUCGUGCACAUGCCGGAGUGGGCUAUCCAACCCGACGAAUUCAGUUUUGGCAGCGCCGUCCACGCCUGCGAAAGCGGCCGCUGGAUGGAAGCCUUGUGGCUACUGGCGCAGCUGCGGAUUUUGGAGAUCUUGCCGAACAGCUUGAUCUUGAGCUCCUGCCUGGCGGCCUGCAACAACGGGAAUCAGUACCGCCGAGCCCUGCAGCUUUUGGAGCGCGAAUUCGACAACUUCAACGCCGCGAUGUUGGGCUGCGCCGUGCGGGCGGCGGAAGCGUUGCAUGAGCCCAGUGCUGCCAGUUUGGUGGCUGAGCUUCAGCGCCAGAACUUGCAACUGCUGAGCUCCAGCGCCAAAAGCGAGCGAGGGCCAAACCCGCCAGGUGCCACUGCCAGGUGCCUUGCGGCAUCUUUCACGACGACGGCCGCAUCGCAGCCAUCCUGGAGGAUGCCAUGA